UAGCUCCCUGCUUUUAUUUAUACGCCAUCCCAUGGGCUCUUGCAUCAGUUGAUUGCUGCUGCAGCGAGUGACCUCACAUCCCCUCCGUCCUUCCUCGCCCCCAUCCACAUCGUCUUUGCGAUCACGACACCCGGAGGAGCGCAGAGGCCAUUGCCCGCCGCGCAACAGAAGCCGUGCGCUUCGCAGCUCCUCCAUCCCCCACACCAUAUCGAUCAUAACUAGUACCGUCCCCAUUUCCAGUUUCGAACCGCCUAUCUCCUCCUCGAGCUGCGGGGAUCGCUCGCGGAUGAAGCGGCAGAUCAAGAGGCCGGCCGGCAGCAAAGAAUCGCCUGAGCCAGGGGAGAAGCUGGCGUUCGCUGAGAAAGAGAACCUGCUGGCGGCCUACAUGGAUCACGAGGAGCCCGAGCUGGAGGAGGCCGACGAGGAGGAGGAGGAGGAGGAGGAGCGCGCCAUGUCGUGCGGGCUGGGCGGGAAGAAGCGGCGGCUGGCGCUGGAGCAGGUGCGCGCGCUGGAGCGCAGCUUCGAGACGGACAACAAGCUGGACCCGGAGCGCAAGGCCCGCAUCGCCCGCGACCUCGGCCUGCACCCGCGCCAGGUCGCCGUCUGGUUCCAGAACCGCCGCGCCCGCUGGAAGACAAAGCAGCUCGAGCGCGACUUCAACGCCCUCCGCGCCCGCCACGACGCGCUCCGCGCCGACUGCGACGCGCUCCGCCGCGACAAGGACGCCCUCGCCGCCGAGAUACACGAGCUGAGGGAAAAGCUGUCGACCAAGCCGGAGACGGCGGUGAAGGCGGAGGCCACCGGCAAUGUCGAGGCCGCGGAGGAGCGCCUGCAGCAGGCGACGAUGGUCGGCGCGGCGGUCUGCAAGGACGGAUCCUCGGACAGCGACUCGAGCGCGGUGUUCAACGACGAGGCGUCGCCCUACUCCGGCGCGGUCUUCGAGCAGCAGGGAUUCAUGGGGUUCGGCGCGUCGUUCCUGGACACGGCGUCGGCGGCCGCGGCCACCACGGGCUGCACGUCCCUGCCCAUGCUGGAACCCAAAUGGCCCAGCGCGUACCCGUACGACGCGAGCAGGUCCAGCGCCUACGGCUUCACGGAGGAAUGGCUGUCCGGGUCGGACGCGAUUGGCAACGACGGCAGCUCCGCCUUCUUCUCCGAGGAGCACGUCUCCAACCUCAACUUCGGCUGGUGUAGCAGUGGCGCCGAGGGUUUUGACCUCCAGAGUUACUGUAAAAAGUAAGACGGUGUCAAUGUCCAUGCAGCGACAGCGGGUACUUACUUUCUACUGGCUAGCUACCUUAGCCUAGCUAGCGGACAAGGAGAGAGGUUAGCAAUGGUGGAAUUCGAUGAGAAGGGUGAAUUGCCGGAUGAAUGGACCUCCUGCCUGCCAUUGCCAUGGAGGGAGGACGUAAAUGUUACUACUAGUACACAGUACACAAAUAACGGUCUCUAGGUUUAAUCGAUGGUGUAAAAAGUUGCAAUCCAAGCAUGCAGCCGUCCCUA